AUGUAUGAGCAUUGGACUCCUCCAGUUUCUGAUUCGAUCAUCGAACAACCGAGUAAGGGCAGGGCUAACAUUUCAACAAAAUUUUCCAAAUUAUUCACUUUUGCCCCUCAAAUCCCCCGCUCUCUCUCCACCUCCGGACCCGAAUUCGAAUCCGAAUCCGAAACCCGCAUCUCCGCCGCAGUCACCAUUCUCCUCCACCACCGAUCCCCAACCCGCUGGAACCGCCUCAAAUCCGUUCUCCCUAUCGGAUCCACCUUUUCCCCGCCCGAAUCGGAGCAAAUCAUCAUCCGCAUCCGAAACAAACCCCAGCUCGCUCUCAAAUUCUUCCAAACCCCGCUCUGCUCUCGCGAUCCCUCAACUUUCUCCACCAUCAUCCACGUCCUCGCCCGCAACCGCCUUAAACCCGAAACCCUAGCCCUCAUCCGAUCAGCUAUCCUCUCUCAACCCGAACCCGACAGGCCAUUAUCCCUCUUCCAAACCCUAGCUAGCACUUACCGCACUUGCGACUCUGCUCCUUUUGUAUUUGACCUCUUAAUUAAAGGUUAUUUACAAUCGAAGAAGAUUGAUCUUGCGGUCGCGAUCGCUCGGAUUUUAAAAUCGAAAGGGAUCCAACCGUUGGUUUCGACAUCCAAUGCGCUGAUUCGAUUUGAAUCACAAUCUAAAGGAGCAGAUGCUGGGUUCAAUAUCUACAAAGAACUGUUUGAUGGAAUCAGGGUUAGGGUUUCCCCAAAUGUCGCCACUUUUAAUGCACUAUCUCUUGGUUUUUACAGAGAAGGGAAGUUGCAAAUGGCGGAGGAGAUCAAGAAAGAGAUGUUGAAAUUCAAUUGUGAACCGAAUGCGUUCACUUAUAGCAUUCGAAUGGCGGGGUUUUGCGACGAGGGGAUGAUCGAUGAAGCAACGAGAAUUUGGAUUCAAAUGAAAGCAAACGGUACAAAGCCUGAUGUCAUGUCUUUCAAUACUAUGAUUAAAGGGUAUUGCGAGUCGAAGGAGAUGGAGAAAGCUGAGGAGUUGUUUAAAGAGAUGGGGUUGAACCAAAUCGAGCCAAGUUGUGCUACGUUCGAGCAUUUGAUUCAGGGUUACUGUAGGGUUAAUGAUAUUGAUUCGGCAUUGGUUUGUUAUAGAGAUGCGAAUAGAAGGGGAUUUGGGACUGAGAAUGUUGUUGUGGAUGAAGUGAUCGAGGGAUUAUGCAAUAAGAAGAGGGCUAAUGAAGGAUUGGAGAUGCUGAGAGAGGUGAUGAGGAGACAGGGCUUUGAGCCGAGUAGGAGGAGCUAUGAGUUGUUGAUUGAAGGGUUUUGUGAAGAAGGGGAAAUUGAGGCGGCGGUAAAGAUUCAGGCUGAGAUGGCGGGGAAAGGGUUUGGUGCGAAUUUGACAGUCUAUGGUUAUUUUGUUGAGGGGUACAGGAGGUUGGGGGAUGAUGAAAAGGUGAAGAGAUUGGAGAAGGAGAUGGUUGGAAUCGGACUAGAGAGGGAAGGAUAGUAUAUCAUGCCGUAACAUGAACCAUUUUUACCAUGUUUCAAGGAUAUUUGCUUGACAUUGGACAGAUGCAAGAGGCUGUAAUAUGAGAUGCAAAGAAUGUGAAGGCACGGCAAUGAAUUCAACUGUUUGAGAUCAUUGUAAUAAUCGCACGGGAUCUUUUUCAAAGCCUCUGUAUAUAUUCUCAAGCUCAAAGAGUGAAUGGUUUUCUUUGAAGAGCAAACAAGAAAGAACUAGUGCGUAUCACACAUGUAGCUGUCGUUGCUGACCUGCAUCGUAUGAAGAGUAAACAAGGAAGAUCUAGUGUGUAUCACACAUGUAGCUCGUGUUGCUGACCUGACUCAUAUUCACACCGUUCGGAAUAUGCGGAUCAUCAAGAUUACGGUGACAUGACCGUGUGCUGGUCAUCAAGAUUACGGUGACAUAAAUGUAUGCUUCAUCGGUGACACGCCAACCAGGAGCGUAUUGAGACGCACAAGCCAUGGACCACCUGCAAAUAUGCUUAUAUAACCUCGUAGAAGUAAAUGUCUAAACAAAGCUACACUCGGAGGGAAAUAACUUGCGGGUUCAUUCCAGCUCCAAUCAUUUGUAAGAUUGUGUAUUGCGUCAUAAUUGAACAUGCCAAAGAGUUCAAGCA